AACAAACGCACCUCCGACUUCCACUUUUCACUCCCACCUCAUCGUCAACAACACCCGCAGAUUCAUUGACAACCUCAAUCCCAUCACCACUAUCACCUGAGCAACUGCAGAUAUGAAGUUCUCCUUGGCUGUGGCCGCCCUGGCGACCACCGUCGCCGCCGACGGAUGGUUUGGCAAAGCCGCAUACAACAAGUGGCACGAGACCGAGCUCGAGAGAUGGCUGUCGGAUCACGACAUUCCAUACCCAGCAGCGUCUGACCGCAAGGACCUCGAGAACCUUGUCAAGGACAACUGGGAGAACUACGCUGUCAAGCCAUACAACUCCUGGGACACCACCCAGCUGCAAAACUACAUCACCUCCAAGGGUCAAGAGGUCAAGAAGGGGACUGAGAAGAACAAGGACACACUGGUCGCGCAGGUUCAAAACCUCUGGCACGAGACUGCUGAGCAGAGCAAUGAGGCCUACGGCAGUGUUCAGAACUGGAUCUUUGACACCUGGACUGAGUCUCAACUCAAAUCGUGGCUCGACUACCACAAGAUCCCAAACCCAUCGCCUCGCACCCGCGACUCGCUCCUCCACACCGCUCGCGCCAACUACGCCAAGGCCGCCGACAAGGCAGGCGAGACUGCCGCCUACCCAGGCAACUGGCUGUACUCUCAGUGGUCUGACUCUGAUCUGAAGGCAUGGCUCGACGAGCGUGGAGUCCCAGUCCCACAGCCAAGCAACCGUGACAAGCUCAUUGCCUCUCUUCGCCGCAACUCUAAGAUCGCUGCCGACAAAGCCGCAGCGCAAUACGCCUCUGCCUCCAAGUCCGCCUCCGCUGCUACCGAGUCUUUGAGCGACCAGCUUCUCGAAAGCUGGAGCGACAGCCAGAUCAAGGAGUGGGCCGACCGCAACGGCAUCAAGGUGCCGCAGGGCAGCAAGCGCAACGAGCUCAUCGCUCUUGCACGCAAGCACUCCGCUUCGCUGACUGGCAACAAUGCCAAGGACUCCGCGGCCUCCGCCUACGGUGCCGCUACCUCCAGCGCCGGCAACUACUACGCUGAGGCGACCCAAGGUGCCUAUGGACAGUUCCGUUACAUCUACGAUGUUAUUGCCAACAACCUUGGCUUCGCAUCCGAGCAGGCCAAGGCCAGCUUGAGCUCCGCUUCUUCCGUCGCCAGCGCAUCUGCCAGCUCCGCUUCAUCUGCCGCCAGCGUUUCUGCCAGCUCGCUCUCGUCUAGCAUCUCCAAGGCUGCACCAAAGUCUGCUUCCGAAGCCUCCAAGUCCGCCUCCAGCGCCAGCUCUGCCGCCAGCGUUGCCGCUUCUAAGAGCGCGUCCUCUGCUAGCGUUCAGGCCAGCAAGAGUGCUUCUAGCGCCAGCGUCGCCGCAAGCAAGAGCGCUAAGAGCGUCAAGAAUGAGUUGUAAGCUACACGACUCGAUUACGGCUACACAUGCAGCAACGAGAUCCGUCAAGAGACGCUACAACGUCAGCUUGACACGGAUAUCAAGCUGCUGAAUGUAUGGAAGGAAAAAAGAACAUAUGCCCACAGAAUGAGAACUCCGCGCCAUGGGCGAGAAGGAGAUUGGCCUUUUGUUUCUGCUGGGGCGGAGACAUCAUGAUUUACGCCUGAGUUCGACAGACACAGCGACGAACGCAAAAGAAUGGAUGACGAAAAGCAAUGACGAUGUAACACUACUAAUACCCUCACGAUGCGGCGCGU